GGGAUUGACAAUGUAGAGGAAAAGGAGGCGAUGCCAGACCCCAGCAGCAGGCAGAGAGCAGAUCUGCCCCUCCCACCGCAGCCCCAGGUUCAAGUGGGUGGAGACAGGGUGUGGAGGACAGGCUGAGGGAACUUCCUCCAGCAAUCCUUGAAGGUUGACUUCCAGCUCAGCUCAGCCCCUCCUGCUAUGGGACUCUCCUGGAAGGAACGGGUCUUCCUGGCCCUGCUGGGAGUUGCAGCAGCCUCUGGCCUCACUAUGCUCAUCCUCAUCCUGGUGAAGGCAACCAGUGUUUUCCUGCCUGCAGACACCAAGUUUGGGAUCGUGUUUGAUGCCGGCUCCUCCCACACAUCCCUGUUUGUGUACCAGUGGCCAGCAAACAAGGAGAAGGACACAGGCGUGGUCAGCCAGGCCCUGACUUGCCAGAUAGAAGGACCCGGAAUCUCUUCCUACGCCUCUGACCCGACACAGGCUGGGGAAAGCCUGAAGAGUUGCCUGGAGGAGGCAGUGGCAUUGAUCCCACAGACCCAGCAUCAGGAGACGCCCACAUUCCUGGGGGCUACAGCAGGAAUGAGGCUGCUGAGCCAGAAGAACAGCUCUCAGGCACGAGACAUCUUAGCUGCAGUCUCCCAGACACUGAGCAAGUCUCCUGUGGAUUUUUGGGGUGCCAAGAUCCUGGAUGGGCAGGAUGAAGGUGCCUUUGGUUGGAUCACUAUCAACUAUGUCCUGGGGAUGUUCCUUAAGUAUUCCUCUGGACAGUGGAUCCUGCCUGAAGAGGGCAUGCUGGUGGGUGCUCUGGACCUUGGUGGGGCCUCCACCCAGAUCAGCUUCGUGCCUCGGGGCCCCAUCCUGGAUGAGAGCACCCAGGCCACCUUCCGCCUGUACGGUGCCAACUACACCGUCUACACUCACAGCUACCUCUGCUUUGGGCGGGACCAGGUCCUGAGAAGGCUCCUGGUUGAGCUGGCACAGAACAGCUCAGUGGCCCGGGUCAGACACCCAUGCUACCAUAGCGGCUACCAGGCCACAGUGCCACUGGCUCCUCUGUAUGAGUCACCCUGCAUCCACACUAAGGAUUCCCUGAACAUCACCCAGAAUCUCACAGUUGAAGGGUUAGGCAACCCUGGAAACUGUGUGGCAGCCCUCCGGAGUCUCUUCAACUUCUCCAGCUGUAAGGGCCAAGCCGACUGUGCUUUCAACGGGGUCUACCAGCCCCCUGUGCACGGCCAGUUCUAUGCAUUUUCCAACUUUUACUACACGUUCCACUUCCUGAACCUCACCUCCAGGCAGCCACUGAACAUCGUCAAUGACACGGUCUGGAAGUUCUGUCAGAAACCCUGGAAACUGGUGGAAGCCAGCUACCCCGGGCAGGAGCGCUGGCUGCGAGACUACUGUGCCUCGGGCCUCUACAUCCUUGUAUUGCUGCUGGAGGGCUACGGGUUCAGCGAGGAGACCUGGCCCAACAUCCAGUUUCAGAAACAGGCCAGCGGUGUGGACAUCGGCUGGACGCUGGGCUUCAUGCUGAACCUGACGGGCAUGGUUCCAGCCGAGGCGCUGACCGAGUGGCGGGCUCAGAGCUACAGCAUCUGGAUGGCUGCAGUAGUUUUUGCAGUGCUGACCCUCGUGGGCGUACUCGGGGCGGCCGCUGUCCAGCUCUUCUGGACCGAGGACUAGGUAGAGACCAAGCUGGGCUACAGCACAGACUGUGGCGUGUCUAAAGCAGAAACCGUGUUGGGAUUCAACAGGAACGACUUACAUGUUUGUGCUGUCUGCCUUGUCAGCCACUGUCAGCUGCCGUUAGGAAAGAAAAGCAUUUGGCACACAGGAC